GAUAAAGCAGAUAGAUAGAUAUCUCUCAUAUUUGUGUAUUUGCUAGAUAUUUCUUAGAAAAAUAUGAUGGUUGAAUCUAGAGACCCUGGUGGUGCACCACCAGCACACGGUGCACCUGGUCACAAUUGUCUUACAGGCUGUGCUGGCACUUUCAAAAGAGCAAUGCGAGAGAAAAGGUUGUCCAGGGUUCUAGUGCAGCUAAACAGAAUUAAUGAAAACCUGGAGGAUCUAGAGGUUAGGGAGGAAGAUGAAAAUAUGAGAGAAGAGGAGGAGAAGGAAGGAAGCUGCGAAAUGGAACCAAGAACAAAGGAGCAGCAAAGAAGAGCAGCAGCAAGGAAAAGCUGCUCGCUCAGUCCGUACAGAGAAUUGGAAGAUUUCAGGAGAAAAUGCUCAGUGGUUGAUACAAAUAAGGGACGAAAACUUAGCCUUGAUUUAGGGAGUACAUCUGAGCUUGCUGACUUAUUGAACUUGGAUAAGAUUUCCAGCCUAAUUCAAACCAUUGAUAAACAGGUUGAAAAGAAAAGAGGAGAAGGAGAAGAAGGUUACGAUAAAGAAAAAAGAAGAUUAAGUCUUGCCAAAAUACUGAGACCCCCUGGCCCCGACCUGGUGGAGGGAGUGUACACUCUGACAGGUAGCAAGGACUUUGACCUUUUUCUUCAAGCAAUUGGGACUGGACCAUUAAGCAGGUAAAACUUGAUUAUAUGAU